UUGCGUUUGAGCAAUGGAAGCACCGCCGACGACAACGACACCCGAAAAUGAGGCGGCGCCAGCAGCAGCACAUGAGUUCUACCUUGUGGUGUCGAAUGUGAUGGGAAGGAAGAACCUCGGGACGUAUCUAAGGACGGGAACGGCCUUCGGUGUCAAGCAAGUCCUCGUGGUCGGGUCGGAUCGAUUUGGAACCCAUGGAGGGCACAAUGCACACAAGUACGUCGACGUCGUCACAUUCCACACGUGCGACGACGUGCAUAUGUACCUAACGUCGCGUGGGUGUCGGAUUCUCGGCUUGCACUCGUCCACGACGUUGAACAACACCCCUUCGUCUACAUGUCUGGACAAGGACACAGAGUUCGCUCCAUGCACUGCGUUUGUUGUCGGGAACGAAGGCGGCGAUUUGUCCCUGGACCAGCGCCGCAUCUGCGACGGGUUUGUGCACAUCUCGCAUUAUUCCCCACGUCGCAGUUCUCCAACCAAUGCGCCGUUCGAAGUGGAUCUGACUGUGCAAGUGGGCGUGCUCCUGCAUCGGUUUACGACCUGGUCGGGCCAGUACACCGAGCGAAGCAUGCAGGACACGACCACACGCGGCAAGUUUGCUCUGGCCUCCCGCGCCCCCCGACAAAAGGCGGUCGAUCUGUCUGUGACACGGGGCCGCCAAGCCAAUAAGGAAGCCGUGGAAGCCCGCAUGGACGACGACCUGGACUUGAACUGGUUUGAGUCCAACGCUGACAAUCAUGGAGUAUAUUAGGAUAACUUUGAGAGUUUUCGCUGGACUUUUGUUGAUGCUUGGGCCAAAUUCC